GUUCUACUCUCACGAGGUGCUAACCUCGCGCAAGUAUGGGGUGGCCACCGUCUGGCUGGUCGCCACGCUCGGUGCAAAGUCCACGCUGAAGAAGGUCUCGCGCAAGGCCAUUCUCAAUGUCGACGUUGCAAAGGCAUGCGAGACCAUCAUCACUCCGGAGGCACCCAUGGCUUUGAGACUGCAGUCGAGCUUGCUGUACGGAGUCACACGCGUCUAUCUUCAGCAAUGCGGCUAUGUCUUGACAGACGUCGAAGCGGCACGUAACAAUCUUCGCGCCAUCUCACGGGUGAUGAAGCAAGCUGAACUUGACGUAGAGGGCGCGAACAAGGCUCGCGCCGACCAACUCCAACUUCCAGAUGAUCCAGACUUCGUCCCGGAUUUCGCCUUCCUGCCAGACCCAGGCAACCUAGACAUCGAACUCAACGAAGAGACUCAGCAACUGAGCCAGUCCCCUGGCGGCAGUCGUCGAUCCAUCACCAAUGGCUCGCAGCAGAGUAUCGGUGGACUGGUGAUCCCAACCUCAAACAACUCCUUUGUUGGCGGUCCUGUGGGUGGUAUGGAUCUGUUCAGCGUGCGUGGAGAUUCAGGCCCAGGCACGACAAGAGUACCGGCGCAGCUGCUAGACGAUGACGACCUUGGUCUGGAUAUGGGAUUCGAUGAAGACUUGCCGGGCGGGGCAGAUGGCAGUUUUCCUCAGCGUCAACCACGUGGACCUGGCAUCAGAGCAGACGGGACUGACCCGAUCAGUGAGGCACGCAAGCUCACGAGCGAGCCUCCUGACCAGCCGAUGUUUGGUCAAGAUGACGACGGAAUGCCAGCUUUUGACGACUUCAACAAUUUUGCUGGUGGCGAAGCCCAAGACCAAAUUCAAGAUAUGACACACCAAGAAACGACUUCCGAAAGUGCUUCAGCCCCAAACGUGAGGAACAAACGCCCGGCGAAGCCAAAGAAUGUGCAGAUGGAUCACCACACGUCGAUGACCAAUAGAGAUUUGGCAGAGCUGAACAAAAACUACUUGGACCGCAUGCUUGAAGAAGGCCUGAAGCAUCAACAAAAGAAGCUGAAUGCAAAUGCGAAGAAGAAUGCGGAGCAGUGGGUUCUCGGCGCUGGAUCUAUCCUCGGCCAGGGUAUGCGUGGACCGCUGGACAUGUUCUCAGGCGCUGCCUUGCUCGAAGCUUUCACUGGCGUUGACUUCAUGACCGGCAAGAAGCGAGCUCGUGACGAAGAUGACCAUUCGAGUGACGGUCAGUCCAAGCGCAGUCGCGUUGGUGAAUCGUCUGACGAGGUCGGCCGCGCCGAUGAUCUUCAGAUGGGAGACGACUUCGUGAUGAUGGGUGACGAUACCAUCGAGCAAGGUCGAGAGGCGCCAACGCCGUUGGACGACCGUCACCUGUCAAGCCUCUUGCCAUGGAACCAAAGUCAGGGCUCUCGACGCCCAACAGACAUCGGUCAUCCAACUUCAGCAUCGUUCGGCGGUGGCCCGCAGAUCAAUGUCAUCAGUCGACGUGGCAGCCGUCUCACUUCAGCUUCCCCUCUGAUCGGCCGUGGUGUAGUGGGAAAUGAGCUCGAUGACUUCCAGCUUCCUCCAGGCUCAGACAUUCACGUGAGCGGUCUCAACGAUGAGGAAGAAUUCGAGCUGUACGGCACUGCUGCUCAAGUCGACACUCAGACUGCAGCUCAGACUCAGUGGCAGAAAGCCGCCCUUACUGGAGAGAGUGCCAAUUUCCUCGACUUCGUACGGACCGCCAUCGACGAGAAUGGCGACCCAGCUCAGCCGAACCAGAUCGAAUUCGAAAAGUUGCUGCCACCGCAGAGCAACACCUACAUCGUAGCCGCUCAAGCCUUGCUGCACGUCUUGGCCUUGGGCACGACAGGUGCUCUCAAGGUUGAGCAGGAGGAGCCAUUCGGUACCAUCGCACUCAGCAUCACUGCUGGUGCACUCUGAGAGGGAUGGAACGCGCUGGCUUCUCAUUAAGGAUCAUGCUGAUUCAAUAUUCGGACAUCUUGGAGCCAAGUAUGGCAUUAUAAUUUCGACGGGAAGAACGGCGGACUUGAUGGUCAACGUGCCUUAGCGCCGAGACCUGGGACGUCUGGGAGUUUUCGCUACUGUUCGAUGAUACCCAAAAGCGAUGUUGCUGUGUUCUUAGCCUCCUUAUAGUGCUGCAGUACAAGUCCCAAAAGUUUGAGAGCUCUCUGCCGAAGGGUUUACCGGC